GGAGGAUGUUGAACGAGGCAAGUAAACGUUUCAUAUUAUUCAAGAAGAGUCGUCCCACAUUUUCGUUUUCUUAUCUAUAAAUCUGCAGACAUGAUUUAGAGUUUAUUCAGUUCGUAUGGUGUGCUGAUCUAAAACAAAAUUUACAGUUUCCAAUUUGCUCUUGAAUUGCUUGUGAAAAAAUUAGCGAAAUACCAGAAGCAUUGAAUCUUUCUAAGAUUCAAAAUGGAUCUUGAGGAUGGAAGACCUGUUGUCUGUGACAAUGGUUCUGGAAUGGUUAAGGCUGGAUUUGCUGGAGAUGAUGCACCUAGAGCUGCAUUCCCUAGCAUCAUAGGCAGACCAAGACACAGUGGAGUCAUGGUGGGUAUGGGGAUGAAGGAUGCUUAUAUAGGUGAUGAGGCUCAGUCAAAAAAGGGUAUACUUACCCUAAAGUAUCCAAUUGAGCAUGGUAUUAUCUCAAACUGGGAUGACAUGGAGAAAAUUUGGCAACACACAUUUUGUAAUGAGCUUAGAGCAGAUUCAGAAUUACACCCAAUUCUUCUUACAGAAGCCCCUUUAAAUCCAAAGGCAAACAGAGAGAAGAUGACUGAGAUUAUGUUUGAAACUUUUAAUGUGCCUGCCAUGUAUGUAGCCAUUCAAGCUAUAUUGUCCUUGUAUGCCAGUGGGAGGACAACUGGGGUUGUUUUAGAUUCAGGGGAUGGGGUUACUCACACUGUACCAAUUUAUGAAGGAUAUUCACUUCCUCAUGCCAUCCUUAGGUUGGAUCUUGCUGGGCAAGAUUUGACAGACUGGUUGAUGAAGAUCCUGACUGAGAGAGGAUACUCGUUCACAACAACUGCAGAAAGAGAGAUUGCUCGUGACAUGAAAGAGAGGCUUUCAUAUGUGGCACUGGACUAUGAGCAGGAGCUUGAGACUGCAAAACAAAGCUCCUCAAUUGAGAAGAAGUAUGAGCUUCCUGAUGGGCAGGUUAUAACAAUUGGCAAUGAGAGAUUUAGGUGCCCUGAGGUCUUAUUUCAGCCCUCUUUUGUUGGAAUGGAAGCUGCAGGCAUUCAUGAGAUGACCCACAAUACAAUCAUGAAAUGUGACAUUGAUGUAAGGAAGGAGUUGUUUGCAAAUGUGGUUCUGAGUGGGGGAUCCACUAUGUUUCCUGGUAUUGCUGACAGAAUCAACAAGGGCAUGAUUGCACUAACUCCCAAUGGCUUGAGAAUCAAAGUAAUUGCACCUCCUGAGAGGAAAUAUAGUGUUUGGAUUGGUGGCUCUAUUUUGGCAUCUCUUACUACAUUCCAACAGAUGUGGAUAACAAAAGGAGAGUAUGAAGAGUCAGGUCCAUCAAUUGUUCACAGGAAGUGUUUCUAAAGCUGCAGUAAAGAAAUAUCAAUUAAAUGUAGUAAAAUAGUGUUGAUAUUACUUAUAUGGAUAAACAGAAUGCUGUAGAUUGGCAUCAGACAUGAGAUUUGAGACAAUUUGAAAGGACAACCAUUUUACUGUGGAACAUUAUUUUUUAAAAAGAGUAAAACAAUUCAAACUAGGUUGCUUCAAACCUUAUCAAUGCCCUAAAUUAGUUCAUUUUUUGCUCAAUGGGCUAGAAGGUAUGCCCCCACUC